AGCUAUAAUUCAACUUAUGCGAGCUCACCAGCUGCUGCCGCUGUCUACAAUGCCGCAGUGCAAUCUCAGACGACACCACAUACGCCGACGAUCGGCGCUGCUGUAGGCGCCACAAAUCCGACAAGUGUCUAUGCCAGUUUUUCGACUGCAGCAGCGCCAACACCUUCACCAUACGCUGCAGCAUAUGCGACUAACCCCACAGCAGCAGCAUAUGCGCAGUAUGGACAAACUGCAGCCGCAGUUGCAUCACUGCAGCAACAGCAGCAGCAGCAAGUGCAGCAACAGGUGCAACAACAGAACUACAAUAAUUUGCAGUUGCAAGCUGCUGCAGCGGCAACUGGUGUUGUUAGCGCAUCUGCGGCUGCUUAUCCGGGACCGACUGCAACUCGGCUCACCGACACCUACAAUACGAUUGGUAGCGUCUCGUCAACUGGCAGUGCCUAUGCCUCGUUACCAGAUUACACGAGCUCGUUGCGUACAGCAGCAGCGGCGGCUGCCUCAGCGGUAACGAAUCCGACCAGCAACAGCUCGUUCCUUGGUGUCACUCGAAUUGGCCCAGCAAUAACCAGUCAGCCGGCCAACAGUGCACUCGCAACGAUACCGACAACUGGCACAAACAACACGAGCAUCCUGCAAAAGUUCACAACAUCGAACUACAGUCCUUACGAUGCAGCAGUGUAUGCAGCAGCGAACAGUUAUCUGCAGUCCAAGGCGGCCGGCACCAGUAAUCUGUGGAUGGGAACGACCAAGAAAACGGGCUCCGCUGGUUUUGGCGGUUCAAGUUCGUUUUCCGGCAUCACUUCCUCAAAUAUCGCUGUCACCGGUGGUGGAAGUGGUGGUACGGGACGAGGUGGACAAACAGGACAGAGAGUUGUGUGUGUGCCAUUUCCAGGUCGUGGAGUUUUCCCCAACAAACGUUUUGGUAACACACGGCCCACCGAUAUGCAGCAAUUCUAUUGUGAAGUGUGUAAAAUCAGUUGCGCCGGUGCACAGACAUAUAAGGAACAUAUGGAUGGGCAAAAACACAAGAAAAAGGAAGCACUGCAGAAAGGCGAGGGUCAGACAUUGUCCAAAUCGCGCAUAUCGUUCCGUUGUGAAACCUGCAAUGUUACUUGUACUGGCAAAGAUACAUAUGAAUCGCAUCUUCGUGGAAGUAAACAUCAGAAGGUAUGUGUGUGUACAGCAAAUCUGAUGAAGAAAUUGGGUAAGCCGGUUCCCGAAACACCAACAGUACUUGCACCGGGCGAAAAAUCGAAUAAACCAGGUGCGCCAACAAAUGGCAAUCCGAUCUCGACAGUUGGCGGUCCUGCUGUGCCAACUAAACGGGCUGCUUUGGCUGCUGAAAAGGAAGUGCAACCGGUUGGCGAAGAUUAUGUUGAAGAGGAGAGAAACGCAGCUGGCAAAUUGAUUCAGUACAACUGCAAGCUGUGCGAUUGCAAAUUCAGUGAUCCAAAUGCUAAGAAUAUUCACAUUAAGGGGCGAAAACAUCGAUUACAGUAUAAGGUAGUUUCUUUUUUUUGUUGUGCUGGCCUGCUUGCUCAGCCUCGUCCCGUUGGUCCGCCGCAACCUUUGUUUACACCGCCACCAGUUCGCCCGUGGUGUGGAGUUAUGGAUCCGGGCAGACGAGCAGAGACUGUUGAAGAUCGGCAUGUCAUGGCGAAACAUCGCUUGAUAUACCCGGAGGAAUCGCAGCUGGCAGUGAUUUUGGAACUUGUUACGAUGACGGAGAAAGCGCUAAAAGCUGUUUCGGAUAAACUUGCUGAAGAAGAGUCACAAAAGGCCAAAAAAGAAGGGACGGAGGAAAAGAAAACGGAUGGUGUUCCACCGUCGAGCGCUGAUGGGUUACAGCCAGAUCGUGUCCUUAAGGGUGUUAUGCGUGUCGGCCUCCUUGCAAAAGGCUUACUUUUGAAUAACGAUAGAGAGGUUCAACUGGUCGUUUUGUGCUCACAAAUUCCAACUCGAGCACUGCUUUCGAAAGUUGCAAAGCUGCUCCCGGAACUCGUUGAGGUAUCGCGUCUGUUCUUAUUAAUGCGUUUCUUUUUUUUUCAAGUACAUUUCUUUUAUGAAGGAAGGGGGAUUAUUAAUUACUUAAGUUUUUAUCAGGCAAGUUUUUCUGGUGUGUCUUACGCAUCCGUAGCUUGUCGCGAAUACAUUCAUACACCGUUUUACUGA